AUGGCCAAUUCGAAGUUGAAGUAUGACCUCCCUCAUAUCCCUGACGAAUUGUUUUCCAAUCAUAUCCUUCCCCGACUUCCGGUAAAGUCCCUAAUUCGAUUCAAAUCUGUUUGCAAAAGUUGGUAUCUUGUAAUAUCUAGCUCAGGGUUUGUGAAAUCCCAUUUACUCCAUUCAUUAUCAUCUCGUACUUCCUUUUUUUUAAGGGGUCUUCAUAUGAGAGAUGACAGUCUGAUUAGGACUUCUGCUACUGAGUGCUUCCUAUUGUAUUUGGAUGAAAAAAGCAAAAAUGGUCAUAGAUUACUUCAAUUGGAUGGUAAGUUCAUCUUGUGGAACCCAGAAACCAAAUCUAGGCGCGUUAUUGAAACUCCGUCCGUGGAACACUUAACUAAAUGUGGUUUUGGUUAUGCAUCUAAUGUCAAUGAUUAUAAGAUAUUCGCUUCAUUUCAAUCUCUUUAUCGAAAAGAUGGUAUCAAAAGAAUGGAGGCUUGGGUGUUCGAGGUUAGAGGUGGUGAAUGGAACCCGAUACUUGAAUUCCCAACGGAGGUUGGAUAUUUUCCAACGGGUGAUAGUAAUGCUGUUUGUUGUGGUGAUCGUCUGUAUUGGAUAGUCACCGGCUUUAAAGAUAACCACAUUAUGAGUUUCUGUUUGUUGGAUUAUAAAUUCAUAGAUGUGGAGUUCCCGGUCACUAAAAAUAUAAUGUACAAGCUUUAUGUGAGUGAAUGGUGUCUUACUUUGUUUUCUGAGCGUGUAGAUGAGCAAAAUCCCGAUUUCGAAAUUUGGAGAUUGGUGCAACAACAAUCUGGUUUUUGCCAUUCUUGGGUGAAGUGGGUUAGAAUUACUUGGUUCUUCCCACAUGUUCUAGCGUUCUCAUCCUCUGGAAAAUGUCUGGUACACCAUGAAAUUGAUGAGAUAAAGGUGGUUGAUCAUGUUUUUGAUGAGCAUAGACAUGUACAAGGUACGCGUUUUGAAUGGAUACCGAUGCACGCGGAGAGCCAUGUUCAGAGCCUCGUCUCACCCUUUUAA